UUGUGCGGGAGAUCCUCCACUAAUCGGGAAACAUUUCCUUUUAAAGAUAAGACGUUAGAUCUUGCGCAUGUAUCUCGUGUAGGUCUUCCAACUCGCAAGAGGCCGGCCGAAGCGUAUUCCGGUCCCGGAGCUGUGGCUGCCUUCAUGGUCUGGGUUGCGGCGCGUACUUCAGCAGGUAAUCAUUGGUGGUAUUUCUCCCUCGCAAAUAUUGGAGCUUGA